GAUAUUCUUAUCCCCACACACUUUUACGUGUUUUCCUAAUCUUCAUGCACUAAUAUCUCCCUCCCACUUUUCUCAUCAAAACACUUUGUUUUUCAUCUCUCCUCACCAAGAACACAUCCGACAACAACGUUAACAAUUUUUCAUGGCAAGUGAAACUGAUGCCAAAUACGAAGAGGAGUACGUAUGGAAUUCUCGAGGCAUGAAGCUUUUUUCAUGCCGAUGGCUUCCGGUGAAUCAAAGUCCAAAAGCGUUGAUCUUAAUGUGCCAUGGCUACGCCAUGGAAUGCAGCAUCACCAUGAACAGCACAGCAAGAAGGCUUGCAAAGGCAGGUUUUGCUGUGUAUGGAAUUGAUUAUGAAGGGCAUGGAAAAUCAGAAGGGGUUCCUGGCCUUGUUACGAAUUUUGAUUAUGUCAUCGACGAUUGCAUCCUACACUUCACCACGAUUUGUGAACAAGGUGAGAACAAGAACAAGAUGAGGUUCUUGAUGGGGGAAUCCAUGGGAGGAGCUGUGGCUCUACAUUUGCAUAGGAAAAAGCCAGAUUACUUUGAUGGGGCAAUUUUGGUGGCACCCAUGUGCAAGAUUUCAGAUGAAAUGAAACCGAAUGCAGUGAUGGUUACUAUAUUGAGUGCACUGAGCAAAGUUGUUCCAACGUGGAAAAUAGUUGCAAGCCCAGAUAUCAUUGAUGCCGCUUUUAAAGUGCCCGAAGUCAGAGAAGAGGUUAGAGCGAACCGAUUUUGCUACAAAGGAAAGCCUCGGUUGAGAACAGCGUUUGAACUUUUGAGAGCGAGCAAUCUCAUAGAGGCUAGUCUACACGAGGUUUCAUUACCUUUUCUAGUUUUACAUGGUGAGGAUGAUAAAGUCACUGACAAAGCUGUUAGCAAACAACUCUAUGAAGUGGCCGCAAGCUCAGAUAAGACCCUAAAGCUCUACCCACAUAUGUGGCAUGGUCUACUCUAUGGAGAGCCACCAGAAAAUUUGCAGAUCGUCUUCUCAGACAUUAUUACUUGGUUAGACCAGAAGUCUAACUACGCAAAUUCAAGGUUGGAGAGAGAACUCAAAGAACAUCACGAGCCUUUGGUAAAAGCAUGAAGUGUUUCUCUUCUAUGUCCCCAAAUCCCGAUUUGCUUUACUCUCUUUUCUCAACAAAUAAUAUAAUGUAUUUUAUUUCUGCACAUUAAGGCCCGUGUACAGCUGAAAUUUAUUUAUAAAGGACACAUGCUUUCUCAUUUGA